AUGAAUGAGGGCUUCGCAGUUUUCUCUGUGGUAGAUAUUAUCACUAUCCUCUUGAGUUUUCCCAUCAACUCUUAUGUGAUAUGGCUUAUUCUAACAGGAACUGGAAACGGACUGGCAGCAGAAAUCUUCAAUCUCAAUCUCGCGGUCUGUGAGAUACUCUUGUGCAUGGAGGCUAUACUGGGUCUUCUCAGCUAUGUAUUUGUCAUUUUCUUGAAAGUUGUGGAUUUUUUCGACGGACUUGCCAACACCGGCCGUCCUCUGUUUCAGAGUCUGAUCUGUGUGGAGCGUUACCUGGCAGUGGUUCAUCCUGUGUACUUUAUUUCGUGGUUGGGGCAGUUCUUCUUCUUCCUCUCCGUUCAGUUGUUCUGUUGUCUGGCUGUUCUCAGAGCUCUGAAGCAACAUUUUGUGAGCUUCUGUGUGGAGAAGACAAACAAAGUGGAAAUGAAUUUCUCUGCAGUGAACAUCAUCACAUCUGAAGCAUCCACAAACUCGACAUCUAGAUGUAUAAACACUAUAGACAUUAACGUCUACGAGAUCAACUUUCUGUUGGGUUUUCCAACACACUGUUAUGUUUUAUGGCUCAUCGUCACAGGAAGAGGAAAUGGAAUUGCAUCAGACAUUUUCAAUCUCAAUUUCUCCAUUUGUGAGAUUGGUAUCUCUUUGUAUUGUCUGUUGUGUGUUCUUUCAUGCUGGGUUUCAAGUCUCCUAACAUAUUUAAGGUUAAGCUUAGGACUAAUUUACACCGGUCGUCCUCUGUUUCAGUGUCUGAUCUGUGUCGAGCGUUUCCUGGCAGUGGUUCAUCCUGUGAUCUUUCUGAAGUACAAACCUCUCAGAUACAGACUCAUGUGUUCUGCUGUCGCCUGGUUAAUCAUUUUUUGCUCAUGUUCCUUUAUGUACAAAUUGAUUGAACUUAACUUUAAUGUGUUAAGAGGGUUCAUUUUAAUGCAGUUCCUCGUCUUUCUCUCCAUCCAGUUGUUCUGUUGUCAGGCUGUUCUCAGAGCUCUGAAGCAGUCAGGACCAGGAGAGAGAGAGAGAGAGGAGGAAAACCACAUGAAGAAAAGAGCGUUUAAUCUCAUUCUAAUAACUACUGUGAGCAUGAUUAUUGUUUACGUUCCAUAUGUUUUAUCAGUCUUUAUUAGCAUGCUAACAGAGCAUAAUAUUCAACCAUUGUGGACUUUAACUUUAUUUUGUUUUAUGCUGGCUAAUUUUACACAACCUGCUCUGUUUCUGAAUCGAUUUAUGAAAUUCUCCUGCCUCUGUUCUCAAUAA